AUAUUAUUACGCAUAGUUCUUCUGUUCUAUAUUGGUGUUAAACACACAAUGAAAUUGUAAAGAUUGAAAUUCAUUGCUGUGUUAUUUCACUGCUUUUUUAUUUCCAAGACAAUUUAUGGAAGAGAUUUAGAGGUUUGGUAAACAUCUGAAGUUAUUUUUUCCUGCGCAUGACCAAUCCUGAAUGUUAUUCGGUCGAGAAAAGAUGAUGAACGAUGAAUGCAAUCAAAAGACAAAUGAAUAGCAGAAUAUCGUAGAAUAUGGAGGAAAUAUACUCUCUAACAUGUCUACGUAUAAUCUCUUAGAUGCACUGUACUGCAUUCGUCAAGUUUAAGCAUCUAAACGAGUUUUAUCAAGACAUUUAGAAUCGUUAUCUAUCUUGACGAGGACGAGAAAAACGAAAAAAAGCAAAAUGAGUGGGAUAAGGCAACAACCAAGAAAAGAUACCAAGAUGAGAAUUCGGGCAUUUCCAAUGACAAUGGAUGAAAAGUAUGUCAAUAACAUAUGGGCGUUAUUGAAAAAUGCCAUACAGGAAAUACAGAAAAAGAACAACAGUGGUCUCAGUUUCGAGGAAUUAUACAGAAAUGCAUACACCAUGGUGCUUCAUAAACAUGGGGAGAAGUUGUAUACUGGUCUUAGAGAUGUUGUCACAGAACAUUUAGUUACAAAGGUUAAAGAGGAUGUAUUAGCAGCUCUCAAUAACAAUUUUCUGCAGACACUGAAUUCCGCUUGGAAUGACCAUCAGACAUCAAUGGUUAUGAUCAGAGAUAUCCUUAUGUACAUGGACCGAGUUUAUGUACAACAAAACAAUGUGGACAACGUGUACAACUUGGGGUUGAUGAUCUUCAGGGACCAGGUGGUCCGGCACCCAACCAUCAGGGACCACCUACGCACCACGCUGCUAGAAAUGGUGGCACGGGAACGCAGGGGAGAGGUGGUAGACAGGGGAGCAGUGAAGAAUGCCUGUCAGAUGUUGAUGGUCCUUGGUAUCGACUCAAGAAAUGUGUAUGAGGAAGAUUUUGAAAGACCCUUCCUGGAACAAUCAGCAGAAUUUUACAAGAGUGAGAGUCAGAAGUUUUUGGGUGAGAACAGUGCGUCGGUGUACAUCAAGAAGGUGGAGGCGAGAAUCAACGAGGAGGCCGAGAGGGCCACUCACUACCUGGACAAGUCCACAGAGGAACCCAUUGUCAAGGUUUUGGAAGAAGAGCUCAUAAGCAAACACAUGAAAACAAUAGUGGAGAUGGAAAACUCGGGUGUUGUCCAUAUGCUCAAAAACAAUAAAACAGAUGACCUUGCCUGUAUGUACAAGUUAUUUAUUCGGGUACCAGAGGGUCUGAAGACUAUGUGUGAGUGUAUUAGUGUGUAUCUGAGGGAGCAGGGCAAAGCCAUUGUGUCGGAGGAAGGGGAGGACUCUAAGAAUGCAAUUACAUUUGUACAGAGUUUACUGGAUCUGAAGGACCGGUUUGAUCACUUCCUUCACGAGUCAUUUAGUGAUGACAAGCAGUUUAAACAGAUGAUCUCCAAGGACUUUGAGUUCUUCAUCAACAUCAAUCACAAGUCUCCCGAGUAUCUAUCACUAUUCAUCGACGAAAAGUUGAAGAAAGGUGUCAAAGGGAUGUCAGAACAAGAAAUUGAGAUGGUGUUGGAUAAGAGCAUGGUUCUGUUCCGGUUCCUGCAAGAGAAGGACGUCUUUGAGAGGUACUACAAACAGCACCUUGCUCGACGUCUGCUGCUGAACAAGAGUGGAUCGGACGACUCUGAGAAAAACAUGAUAUCCAAACUCAAGACGGAGUGUGGUUGUCAGUUCACAUCCAAACUGGAGGGGAUGUUCAAAGAUAUGACCGUGUCCAACACAAUCAUGGAGGAGUUCAAGACCUCCUUAAAUCAGUCCAGUGUUAAUAUGGCAGGUGUAGAUCUAGUGGUGCGUGUUCUUACCACAGGAUUUUGGCCCACCCCAAAUGCCAACCCACGGUGUAAUAUACCACCCUCUGCAAGAACUGCCUUCGAAAACUUUAGAAAAUUUUAUCUAAACAAACACAGUGGUAGAAUGUUAACUCUUCAGCCCCAGCUAGGCUCAGCCGACUUGAACGCCACAUUUUACGGUCAGAAGAAGGAUGAUGCGGGUGGUGCAGGGGCUGGCUCCAAGGAGCCACGCAAACACAUCAUGCAGGUGUCCACCUACCAGAUGUGUAUAUUGAUGCUCUUUAACAAGAGUGAAAAGUGGACUUUUGAGGAAAUAAAAAAUGAAACUGAUAUUCAAGAAAGGGACUUGAUACGAGCAAUCCAGUCGCUGUCGGUGGGCAAGGUGUCUCAGAGAGUGCUGCAUAAAGAGCCCAAGACGAAGGAAGUGGAACCUGCCCAUGUUUUCACAGUUAAUGAUCAUUUUACGUCCAAGCUCUUCAGAGUCAAGAUCCAGACAGUGGCAGCAAAUAAGGGUGAAGCUGAGCCAGAGAGGAAGGAAACCAGGGUUAAGGUUGAUGAGGACAGGAAGCAUGAGAUUGAAGCUGCAAUUGUAAGGAUAAUGAAGGCCAGAAAGAAGCUACAACACAAUGUCUUAGUAGCAGAGGUCACGGAACAGCUCAAAGCUCGCUUCCUGCCGAGUCCAGUCAUUAUCAAGAAGCGGAUAGAAGGAUUAAUAGAACGAGAAUAUCUAGCCCGAACUCCAGAGGACAGGAAAGUAUACACAUAUGUAGCCUAGUGGAAUGUCACAGAGUCGAUACAAUAUGCAUUUCCAUUCUUUACCGGGCCUCCUAGAAAAAAGAAAAUAAAAAUAUGUCAUUAUUUUACGUGCUUGUAUUAGUACAUUGGUGGUUUCCUUGGAUUCACAUUCGGACCUUUGAUCAGGACUCUGUUUAAUAUCGGAGCCGGCAGAGGUGUAUUAUAGUGUCUGUGUGUUAAAGGAUAUAAAGACACAAUAUCUCAUGACGCACAAUGUUGUGGGGAUUUCAAUGAAGGAUUGGAACAAGUGCCGCAGUACCAUCAGUUUAUCUGUCUGUAAUUCAUAGCAUAUAUAUAUUUCUCCACUAUGUUGUGAAUGGCUUUUUUGAAAGUAUGCAGACUUUUUUUUUUUUUUUUUUUGGUCUUAUUUUUGCUGUUUAACAAAUUCAUUGUAGAAUUUUUUAUUAGUCAAAGGAGAAAGUGGAAAGACAAGAAGUAUGCUUGUGAAUUGUAUUUUGCGAAGGAAGUUUGAAAGUCUGAUACUGUUUCCCAUAUGUUGAUGCAUACAUUAACUGCGUAAUUUGUGAGGGAGAUUGUAUUUUAUGUUGAAUACUUUUCAACAUUUGUUUUACUGGAGAAAAAUUCUGUCUUUUGAGUUUGAAGUAUUUUGUUAUAGUCCACACUAAUGUAUUUGAUGACAAACUUGUUCCAGCAAGUCAUUGUUGCUUAUGACUGAAAAAUUUUAGCAUUGUUUCAUGCCUAAAACAAAAAACACUAGAUGUUUUUUAUUGGUAAAAAAAAAAAUCCUCCAUGUUUGUUGAUUCAUAUAAUAGAGUUCAAUCAUGGACCCCUAUACUUUGCUCUUAGGAAGUCUUUUACAACAUUCUUAUUAAACAUGAUAAAUAAAACUAAAAGAUUUAUUAUUAUUAUUAAUAUUAAUAUUGUAACAUGAGAACAACUUUCCCAGACUUUAUGAAAAAUAAAUGAUGAAGAAAAUUAAAUGUCAUAGUCUUUUUGUAUAUGUAUUUGAUUCAAAUUGAUACAAGUAAAUCAGUCAUGUAUAGUUCUAUGCAAACGGCUACAAAAGAAUUUGUAGUGUAUGAUAAAUGAUAGAUAAACCUAUAUGGAAUCAGGUAACACCUAACUAAAUCGUACAUGUUAUUACUUUAUUUGCUUUAGUAAACACCCUUAGAUCUACCCCCUCACAAUAGAUUCAGAGUAGUAGUGGACUGUCCAUACGGGUGCCCAACAGCUGGAGUUUGAUUACAUGUAUGUUUAGGGACGAAGCUAGAUAGUGUUCGAUAUCAGGAGCUGCAGAAAUGAAAAGUCAGGUUGACAGACUGUAGAGCUACAGCCCUGCAUCUACGAUAUCAGUAAAUCUACGACAACUGUCAAAAAAUUAAAAAAAAAAAUGUAAAAAUGCAUUUGUUAAUAUACAAAAUACAAGUCUUGAUUUCA